GCUCAGCAACGCGAAUGCGCAACUGGCGCCCGUUAGUUUUGGCGUCCAAACUGGCUUCGUUUCCCACAAUGGAAAUGUGUUGACAUCGUCGGAGUCCGAAAAAAUUUUUGAGUUCCGCGUCAACGUAUCGACGCUUUCGCGCAGAUCGGAGCCACGAGAGGAGAAACAACGCGCCAUCGUUGUUCACCUGGGAACGCAGCGAGCAAAGCCUCACCAACCUGAGUCAUGGCAGGCGGUGAAGGCACGGAUGGGCCAGAGGCCAUGACUACCACGGCACCUGUUUUCACGACCGAGCUGGACAGCCCGGCCAUGUUCGACGACCCGAACCUUCCCGAGGGCUGGUACCGCAAGGUCUGUCAGCGGCAGAGUGGGCGCUCGGCGGGCAAGUUCGACGUCUACAUAUACAACCCGCAGGGCAAGAAGUUCCGCUCACGGAACGAGUUGGCGGCCUAUUUGGAGGAGGUGAACAGCACGCUUACCGUGUCGGACUUUGACUUCACUGUCAAGGGGGAGCAGUCCAAGGCCAAGUCGGCCGGGCUGCCUCCGCCACCGUCGGCACGGAAGCCGGUGACACCGACUCCGGCCAAGCGGGAGAAGAAAGUGUCACCCGAGAAGAAGCCGAAAUCCAACAAGAAGCCGAAGUCUGAGACUAAGCCGCCUGCCGAGAAAAAGACGCCAGUGGAAAAGAAGACGCAGUCGGUGAAGAAGGCUGCCCCCGAAAAGAAGGUGUCUUCUUCCGGGGCCAAGCCAGUGUCUUCACCAGCACCUCGAACUGGUCGUAAGUUAAUGGUCAGACUCAAUUUCACUUCCCCAAAAAAGCGAAUAUUGAAAAACUACUCUGAGAAUAAGGUUGAUAGCGGGGAUGUGGGGGGCGGGACUGACGAUGGUUCGGAAAGCCCGAUUCCGGUCAAAGGCGAUGAUCAAGCGCCACAGGAAGCAGCGGACGAGAAGAAGCAGGUAGAGACGGGACUCAGCACGCCGGAAGUGGAUUCCGGCGCUGUUUCAGGAGGAGACAGCACACCCAAGAGCGAGCCUGUCCCGAAGAAGAACAAGGAAAAUGCCGUGGACAAGGCCUCAACAAAAAAGAAAAAGAAGAAGGAAAAGGAAGAGACCCCGGCAAAGAAGCCCGAUAAAGCGGUGCCUGUGAAAAAAGAAGCUCCACAGAAGCCUGAAAGCCGGAUACGGAAGCGAAAAGUAGUGGAAGUAGAGGACAUGCUCUUCAAGGAGUUUGACCGGCUGGAACGAAAGCCGGUAGUGAAGCCAAAAGCAAUACCCGAGGAGAAGAAAAAGGCCGAGUUGAAAGACAGUUUAGAAGAUGAUGUGGCUGCCAUCAAAGCAGCCGAUACCAAAGUUCCUCCACCACCAGAUGAGCCCAAGAAAGAGCAGGCAAAAGAAAAGCAUGAGGGAAAGAAGAUCAAGAAAGCGGAGGGCAAAUCUUCUAAGACCAAGGCAGAGCUGGAAUCGAAGGUUGAGACCAAACACGAGUCUGAAUCCCAACCAAAAGCAAAAGUGCAGACUCCCAAGGUCAAAGGUCACCAGAAGGGCAAAGCUCAGACGAAGGACAAGAUGCCUUCCAAGCCUGAAGGUCAGAAUGAUGCUGAGCCCAAGUCUAAGUCCAAAGUGAAGGCUGUGUCCGUACCGCAGCCGGAGUUGGAAGCCGCAGAUAAGCCUGAAGCGCACUCUGAAGGUGGGGCUGACUCAGAAGCCCAGGCUCAGUCUGGCAGCCAGUCUGAUUCCAAAGCUGAGCCAGAAGCGCAGCCCGAAUUCGAAGAUCAACCUGAGCCUGACGUUCAGCCAGAGUCUGAAGCUCCAUCCAAGGUCGAAGGCGAGCUAGAGCCUGAGGCCGAGUGCAAAGCCCAGCCAGAACCCGAUGGCCUGUCGAAGUCCGAGCCUCUUGGUGAAGCACAUGUCCAAUCUAAAGCCACGACCCGCCCCAAGGCCGAGUCGAAGUCUCAGUCGGAGGGCAAGUCAGAGGCGAAGCCUAAGGAGAAACAAAGAACGAAGAGGCUGAAAGAAGAAGAUGUUGUUAACCGAAUAGCAAAGCGAUCCAGAAAGGACAGUGAACAAAAGAAGGAUGCUGAAGGAAGUCCCAAAGCAACACUUGAAAAUGAUGCGGAGAAGGAUAAGCAGGACACGGCAUUAGAAUCAGAAGAGGCUGUUCCCAAAUCAGCCGAUACUCCUGAGAUACCAGCAUCACCUAAGAAAAGUAAAAAAGAGCGUGAAAAAGAUAAGGUUGCAGAAAAGGGUGAAGCCGAAGCAAAGCCAGUGCGGGAAAAAAGCAAGCGACAAGCGGAGCGGCAGUCGAGGAAGCACGUCGACACCGAGAAGGCACUCUCUCCAGACACCAGGCACGACACUGAGAGGCAGUCCCGAAGAGCUGCCAAGGCAGACAAGCCGCUGUCGCCAGACACGAAGCGUGACGGCGAACGACAACCAAGAAAGAGCAACAAGACUGAGAAGGCGCUGUCUCCUGGUGCAAAGCACGACUCUGAACGACAAUCCAGGCGGGGCGCCAAGGUGCAGUCUCCGGAUGCAAAGCACGAUGAAAAGAGCAGCAAAAGCGACGACAGACUGUCCGGCACAGAACCAGAGUCACAGUUCCCUAGUGAAAAGCAGAUCAGAGAGGCCGCACGCGCAAAACUAGCGAGCAAGACUGAGAAACCGGUGGAUCCAUACGAAAUUCCGCUGCCCCCGCCCAUCGACAUUCCGUCUGUACCGGACGAGGAUGAGGAGGACGACGUGGCCGUCGACGAGGCUGCGACGUUGGAGAUGACGCAGCGAGAGCUGAGGCUGUAUGAGAUGAGCCCACACCUGAUCGAACACAGUUACACCAAGAUCCCCGACGACGAAGAUGCGGAUGGCAUGGAGAAACCGCAGACACCGUCGCCUUCCCGCAAGAGGGGUCGAUCGUUAACGUCUGAGAACGAAGCCGAGCUUGACGAGGCGGGCAAGUUGCCCUCGCCGCGACGCCGGCAGCGGCGCAAGAAGGGAGUCGGCGAGAACGCCGUGCAGCACGAAGUGAAGGAGGAUAAAUCGGCAGCCCUUAUUGUGGGCCAAAGGUUGCGGCACCCUCUGUCUGUGAGCCGCCAAUUGAAAGCGAGCGGUAGCAACCGGCAGAGCAUGGCCUCUGAGAUCAAAGGUUUGCUCUUGGCGGAGUUCGACGAUCACACAGUCCAUCAAAAGGCAAGGCAUCGCGACAAGCCAUCACAGCAAGUUGCCCAAAGACCGGCAGAGUCCGAUCGUGCAAGUCCAAACGGCGAAAGAACAAAGUCCCUGAAGUCCGUCAAGUCUUGCAUGAAACGCAAGUCAUCACUGGCAGAUGGCUCGAAGCCAUUGUUGCCCGACAGAGUGCAAGAUUCAUCUGCUUUUUCGAAGCUCUGCACGAGGUUGAGGACCUAUGGCGUUCUCAGAGAAACAACUCACGAUUACUUCGAUGAGUCACCGCAAGCAGGUGACGGAAAAGAGUCACACGAGGACGCAGAAUCCACAACAGAUGACCCGAAGCCUUCAUCAAGCGAUAAACUGCAGGUGUCGACGGUAUUCUCAAAAUUGUGCGAGAGGUUCAAAUCUUACGGCAUCCUCAACGAUGCAGCUCAUGAACAGAAUCAGGUUGUCCUUGAAAAUCAUUUGACCUUUGGGAGUGAUUAUGAAGCACUGCAGGCCGAACGCCAAGAGCGUGCAUUAGAUGGCAACACACAAGAACAUCUUGGCUCUGUGAAAACUGCCAGUGCUCUGUCAUUAGGCGGAGGGCUAGCAUGCAAUGUGAAGCAGGAGUAUGGACAUUCCGAGGCCACCACGACAACAACAUCUCGUAAUGAUAAAGAUGUGAUAAACAGGUUUACAGCGGACAUGGCAGGAUGUCAAGAUCCAAGGAGGGCCAUUGUUGUGUGUGAACGAUACAUUGAUGAGCCACGUGCAGAAGCAGGCAACCUGUCUGUAGGCCACCAGGCAAGCCUGGGAGAUACGGUGACAAGUGGUGCACACGGCAACGCGCUCCUUUCAGCCAAUAACAACGAGCAUUUGCACAGCUCUGGGAAGUGUGUAAAAUCCACCAAAUUGCCAACACACAAAAGAAAAAAAGAAGCUGUCAAAAGGCAUUCAAGCGAAGAGCCCAAAGACAAAGGACCCCAGGGUGAAGGUGCUGUAGCCAGCGAGGAAUGCCUUGAGAGAAAAAAAGCAAAGUUGAGUAAGAGCCCCUACUUCAAGGCAGCAGGCCAUUCGCUGGGCAUCAAGAUUGGAUCUAAGCCCUGGGUGCCACCACGCUCACCGUACAACCUUGUGCAAGAGGAGCUCUACCAGGAUCCCUGGAAAGUCCUGAUAGCAACUAUAUUUCUCAAUCGCACUACAGGCAAGGCAGCCAUUCCUGUGCUGUGGCAGUUCCUUGAUCUCUACCCAACCGCGCACGCCGUCGUCGACGCAGACAGCGAGGACAUCGCCAAGCUGCUACAGCCACUUGGUUUGCACAGAAAGCGCGCAGAUAUCAUACAGAGGUUCUCCGAGGAGUACCUCACCAAGGAAUGGCGCUACCCGAAUGAGCUUCAUGGCAUCGGCAAGUAUGGAAACGACUCAUACCGCAUCUUCUGCAUCGAUGAAUGGAGAAAGGUCAAGCCCAAUGACCAUAUGCUCAACAAGUACCACGCCUGGUUGAAAACGCAAAACCUGGACUGAAUACCUGGUUGGCCCUGAAUAUCCCAGAAGGAGUCGGCACACCAGAGAAAGACAGGACGACAGCAGUGCGAUAGAAGUUGAGAAGAGUUCUGCACUGGCAUAUUUUGUUCAUAUAUCACCAGUGUUUUAACGUUCAUCACAGGUUUGUUUUACUAUGCUCUGUUUUACUGAAAGAAGCUGGCAAGUUGUGAAGUGCUUUUAGAAAGUAACAGCGUUGUCAAAGUCGUUUUGUGUGCUUUGUGCCCUUAUUCGCAAAGCCUGUUGCAUUGGUUGGCACCAUUAUGUUGUCUCUUGUGCCAAACUAAAACAGCAUUUAUGCAAAGAGAUGACCAGUUUUUUUCGUUUCCUUUUUUUUAGACCUUUCCUAGCUUCCGUGUUACAUCUUAAACUAACUUACUCUAGCAAAGUAACUUCUAACUACUCCAGAAGAGCUUUGAAGCUGCUGAGCUUAGUUUUUUUCAUUUGCCCUUGUGUAUUUUGCUUUUGGUAUAACAAUAAACCAGCUGCAUGGCAAAUUAUUUAAAUUCCACACUAUCAUGUAAAAAGGCGCUAGCCCACUGUUCAAGUCCUAGUAUGCAUUUAACUCCUGUUGUACUUUCGUGAGCUCAUCACAAGCCGGAAGCUGUUUUAAUUAUUUUUGUCUGUCCUGUCUUUCAAUUGCUUUACGCCUAUUGUUGCCAGUGUGGAAUCUAAUUAUUUUUUCAGUUAUCGACAAGCGAGUGUCUGGUUUACUACCGUACCGCGAAGCCAACUUGUGCGCCAAAAUUCGCGCAGAAUUCUCACUUCGACUUCAGUUCCAAAUUUUCUGCAUAUUUCGUGCGGGUUAUACGCGAGAAAAUAUGGCAAGUUUGCAGUCUUCACCUCGAAGCAGGCUCCGUGGAGAUCUAACAGUAGCCAAUCACGUAGAGCCGUCUACUCUUGCAAACGCAGUUUGCGUGUAUGUGAACAAGCAGGCAUCUUUAGCAGCUACACGCGGCAUUGAAACGCAUACGAGCGGUGACGGCUCGUAGUUGUAACUGCCAACAUUACUCAUGCAGAGAUAGGCACCAAAGGGGACAGGGAGAUGGGAAAGUGGUAAUCAACAACGUGCGCAACGUAAAGGUUGUUGGUUCAGUCCCCACUGGCGGCAAGUUGCUUCCGCUUUCAUUUUCCUUUAACUCACAAUUGCCAUGCUUCAGCCAACAACUACAAAUAAUGUCCUGUAUGCUCUUUGACAUGUUCUGUCUGAGAAAAAUGUUUCCUUCGAUUCAUUCACCUCGUUCUUCAAGCCUUUGCCUAGUUGUUUAUUAUGCAAAAAAACAAGGAAGAAAGUUGGCUUUGCUUUUGCAACCCUUUGUAAGAUAUUAAAAACAGUAUCACUUGCAUCUCAUUCAUUAACUAUCACAUGUUACAUAAUGUACACUACUUGCCGUAUGCGUUAACUACGACUGUGUAGUACGAGGAAGCCAGAGGUGGCUGUUUAAUGAACUUCAUUCUUUUAUUGCUUGUGUAUAUGUGUGUCCCCAUUCAUUGUACUCACAAUUUCAUUG